GUCGGGGGCUGCUCGCUGCAAGAGUUUGUUGCGGCGGCUUGCCUGCUCCGGAGAGGCACGAGACCGCGACUCCGCUCGCAAGUGGUCUGGGCGAAGGGGAGGCGGCAGCAGCAGCGCGGCGGGGAGAGGUGGGGGCGAGGCUCCGGUCCCUCCUAAAGCUCGGCGAGAGUUUGGAAGGUAAUGAUUGCCAUCGUGCAGCAAUUUCCCUGUGUCAUGGCUCCGGUAUCCUAGCAACUGCAGCGAGUCGGGCCAGCAGCAGCAACAGAAGCCGCUUCACACGGAGCCAUUCAGGAGCAAGAGUCGCAGCAGCCUGGAAGCAUCAGCAGCAGCGGCGGCUCCGCGGGGCAGGAGACGCUGUCCGCGUCCAGCGGCGGCAACAGUCGCAACCCUAACAAAAGCCGCCGGGGGAGGCGGAGGGGGAGGGAGGAGCGCCUGGAGCAGCGGGGCGACCCCCAUCUGAGCGCGAGACAGGAUGCGGGCUGGAGCAGCGGGCGACGCACUUUGCAGAAACUCCUGCUCGCCGUGCCUGGCGGCUGUGGAUGCGGAGAGACUGAGGCGAGCGAGACCCUCGAGGCUCUGACGGGGAUGGCGAUGAGCCGACAAGGGGCGGGCUGGAGGGGCCGCGGGGUCUUCGGCGUCCACCUGCCGGGCUUGAAAGUUUCUGCAAGGUUUCUCUCUGGGCUCCGAGGAACUUGCCUGCAGCUCUGACCUCCCCCGAUUUUUCCCCGGAGUUGGAGUUGCUGUAGGGAAAAGUGUCCUGGAUAGCCAGCCAUGAUCGCCACUGGAGGCCUCUUGAGGAUCUCAGCCAGAAAACAGGAUCCCUUACGGCCUCAGAGCCAAGUCUCCAAACGCAAGCGCAAAGCAAAAAAAAAACGCAAGAAUGAUGUGGUGGUGGUGAAGGGCAAGCUCAAGCUCUGCUCACUCUCUGGCCUCAUUGCUGUCUGUGGUAUUCUGGUGCUGCUUGUGGGGAUUGCCUUGGCUGUGGUUGGCUACUGGCCCAAACCCCUUUAUAGGACAGGGGGCAUUGGCAAGAGCCCAUUUUUGCAACCAUAUGGGAGUGCCCCCAAAAGCCACUCCAAGAACUACACACAAGAGCCAGGAGAAUCUCACCUAGAAGACAUGGGAAUCAAUUCUUCUUUCUCCAGCAACAAGAAGGCACUUCCUCCAUCUUUGCCUGCCCCUUCACCAUCCUCCAGCUCAACAAACUUCCUUUUCCGUAUUUUCUCUAGAUAUUUGCAUUCGGACAAGCUCAAGGUACUUGGACCCCUCAUCAUGGGCAUUGGCAUCUUCCUCUUCAUUUGUGCCAAUGCAGUGCUGCAUGAGAAUCGUGACAAGAAGACCAAGAUUAUCAAUCUGAGGGACCUGUACUCCACUGUCAUAGAUGCACAUAGCCUUCGGACCAAGGAUGGGGCUCCCUCUGCUGUUGCCCCAGUUCCAAUAAAUGGUUUUGUUAACUGUGUGCAGUCUCGAGGGCUGGAGCUGAAACCUGGCAGUGGCUCAGGAGAAAACUUAGGGGCCACUGCUAUGCUUACAAAGAAUAUCUGGCACCCACCUGUGAGUGCACCCCUCUCCCCUCCUGACUUGGCUUCCUCACCUCGCUGCUUCUCCACUUCUAGACAAGAGCAAAUACCCAGCUUGGCUGACGCUGUUUAUAGCAUCUAUAAAGAAAGAGCUGCUUUGGCCCGAAGCACCCGUAACCCAUCUUGUACCCCCCCAGAUAGCUGGGACCAGCACAGCACUGCCAGUUCCAUUGUGGGCUCCUCACUGAGCACCUUCACUUUGCUACCACUGGCUCAGGGGGAGAUGACUGAUGGAGACUAUGGUGAUUGGCAGAGGCUACUGGGUGAAAGGGGUGACAAGGAAAUUCCUCGGGGAGAAUUUGAACUUAGUCUGAAAGAUCUCAGGAGCAGCUACAUAGACACAGGGCAAGGGCUGACAGUGUUACCCAGGAUGAGCAAGCGUAAGGUGGUGCUUCGACGCCAGAGCACAAGCUGCCUCCCUGAUGCCAGGAUAUCCCUGUCCCCUGAACCCUCUCAGACAUUGGGUAGUAGCACUGACCUUGACUCCAGUCUUUUAGCUAAAACUUCAUCUUCCAGCUACUCCAGGUCCCUUGAUUUGGGGGAUUCUCAUCUGCCUACAUCAUCUGUGGAUCAGAAAGAUUCCCAGAGUGAUCAGUACAGAAGCAAUAAGGGCUACACUCCACUGGAGGAGUCGGGCACCUCCUUGGAGUCUGUUGCCAAUACCCCAGCCCAUAAAGCACCUGAAGACUGUGAAGUCAGUUCCAGUGAGGAAAUUGGCUCCUCACAGAGCACCAGCAAAGAACAAACAGAGCAGCAGCCUUUGAAAAUUCAAAGACAGUAUACAAAUAAAGAGAAACUUUUCAUGAUCUCCAGAUCAGAUGCCAUUGUUGGCCUGGAAGAAAGAGACCUGGAAAAUACUGGCAUUUAAAGAGAGUGAAAUAAGAUGGAGACAAGCAUCCAAACAACUUGUAAUCCUUCUGCCCCUUGUGAAUCUAGGAAACUGGCCAACAUCCAAAGAGCUGAAGUAGGUUAUCCUAGAAUUGCAUCUAUCAAUUCUUAUAGAAGUCUUCAGGAGAAACACCUAACAGGUGUUCUUUUGCGCUGUAAGCCUCUUUUCCUUUCAAGCCAAAUUGUAGUCCACAGUGACUGUUCAGUAAAUUCAUUGGAAUAACAGGAAUAGAAUGUUUUGACAAUAAUUGUGCACUUUCUUGAUUUUUUAAAAUUCUGGUUGCCCAUUUUCUUUCUAUCUCUUUUUGCUAUGGCAUACCUGCACACUUUAGAUAAAGGUGGUUUUCAAGCCAGCAAAAUGUAUCUCCCUUUUAAUGUUUUGUUAGUAUGGAAUACUAUUUUCAAAGGAUUAACAGAUAAGUACUAGGUUAAAGCUGGCUGGGAAAUUUGCACUGUUUUAAUUUCUGUAAUAGUAUCAACAGAGGAAAGAAUGCGGUAGCACUGUGGCCAUCUAAAAGACCAGAUUCCUAAAUUCAAAUAAUGAGUACUUUACUGAGUAUUAUUGCACAUGUAUGAACUAA